UUCAAGACUUUCUGCAUCAACCCAUAUUACUUCAGAUUGUUCUGUUAUUCUUUUAGCGAAUGGAAAUUGAAUUCCAGCAAGCAAAGCAGUACUCAGUGAAAGAUUCCAGCAAGCAAAAAGCAAGAAAAAGAAACAAGAAGAGUAGUAAGUUUGUUGGAGUGAGACAGAGAGCUUCAGGGAGAUGGGUAGCUGAGAUCAAAGACACAACGCACAACAUCAGAAUGUGGCUUGGCACUUAUCAGACUGCAGAGGAAGCGGCCAGAGCCUACGACGAAGCCGCGCGUCUUCUUCGCGGCUCCGCUGCUCGGACCAACUUCAUCACUCAUCAUUUCUCGUCGUCCUUGGAUUCUCCUGUCGCUUCCCGGAUUCGGAAUCUUUUGAACAGCAAAAAGGGAAUCAGCAGCAGUGAUGAGAUCAUUGAGAACUCAUCAUCAUCAUCAUCGCUUUCGAGUUCGAGUGAGACAAUUGUUACAGAAAGCACACCAACAAUUCUAUCUGAUGAUAAUGCUUAUAGACCAGAUUUGAGUAGUUUUGAAAGACAAGUAUCAGGUUCAGGUUCAGGUUCUGGUUCACCUUAUGCAAUUCAUGGGGUUCAUGGAUUCAUGGAUGCUUUUCAAGUUAAGGACUCUAACGAAUCUCUCUGGGAUCUUCCACCUUUGAUGAGCUCGUUUUUCCCUUAAUCAUUUUUCCCAGUUUCUUUCUAGAGGUUUGUAUAAGUUUAAUCUUGCUAGGAUUUUAUUAGCAUAGUUAUUAGAUUCGGUGCGAUUUCGAAUUCUAUGAAACUCUUUAAAAUCAAAAUCUUUUUAAUUGAAGUCGUCGUUGUGACGAAGAAAGUUUAAGCAUUGAUGUUGUCCUUGUUCUCA